AUGAGAAUGAUGAAUGGUAAAUAUAAACCAGUCGAUGUAGAUAACAGUUGGAUUGUUCCUUACUCUCCACUUGUUUCAAAAAUAAUGAAAGCACAUAUCAAUCUUGAAUCAUGUAGUUCAGUCGUUGCAAUAAAAUACAUAUUGAAAUACAUUCACAAAGGGAGUUAUCAAGCAAUGUUUACAAUCGAAAAUAAAAAAGAUGAAAUUGAAGACUAUCAAUCUGGAAGAUACAUAAAUAGUAAUGAAGCAAUAUGGCGAAUUUUAGGUUUCCCGAUUCAUGAUCGAUAUCCAUCUAUAUUUCAUCUUAGCGUACACCUUGAAAAUGGACAACGGGUUUACUUCUCAGAUGAAAAUAUAGAAAAAAAAGCUCAACAACCACCAGAAACCACAUUGACCGCCUAUUUUAAAUUAUGUACAUUAGAUAAUUUUGCCAAGACAUUAUUUUAUUACGAUGUUGCGAAAUAUUAUACAUGGGAUAAUUCAAGUAAAAAAUUCAAUACGAGAAGGCAAGGAAGUCCAGUUAAUGGAUAUCCUAAUAUCUAUAAAACUGACACUAUAGGUCGAAUGUAUACAAUACAUCCAAAUAACCCAGAAUGUUUUUAUCUACGAAUAUUAUUACAUAAUGUACGUGGUCCAACAUCAUUUAAAAACUUAAAAAGUGUUGAUGGUAUUGAAUAUGAUACAUACAGAGAAGUAUGUCAAAAACUUUUAUUACUUAAAGAUGAUAAACACUGGGAAGAUGCAUUAUCAGAAGCAAAUGACACAAAACGAUCAAGUCAAAUAAGAUCGCUUUUUAUAAUCAUUUUGACAUCAUGUGUCCCAUCAAAUCCACAGCAAUUAUGGGACAAAUUUAAAAAAAAUAUGAGUGAAGAUAUAUUAUAUCGAAAACAAAAAUUGAAUAUGUGUGAGAAUUUAGAUUAUACAGAUGAAAUCUUCAAUGAAACUCUCAUAAUCAUAGAAGAUGGAUGUUUGUUAAUAUCUGGAAAAAUUUUAAAACAAUGGGGACUGUCUUCACCGAAUCGAAUACAAAAUACAUCACUCCCGACAGAAAUCUUACGUGAAAUAUUAUACAACGUCACAGAUUUAAAUACACAUAUCAAUAAAAAUAAAUCGCAGCUAAUCGAUGAUCAAAAAGAGGCAUUUGAAGAAAUUAUGGAUAUUAUUAAAAUAGACGAAGGAAGCUUAAUUUUUUUAGAUGCACCAGGAGGUACUGGAAAAACUUUUAUAUUAAAUUUAAUAUUAGCGGAAAUACGAAAGAAAGGAGAAAUUGCAUUAGCAGUAGCUUCUUCUGGAGUAGCAGCAACUUUAUUACAUGGUGGACGUACUGCCCAUUCAGCAUUGAAAUUACCUCUGAAUUUAAAUUUAACAGAGGAGCCUUAUUGUAACAUUAUAGAUAAUCCUGCUACUUGUAAAUUACUUAAAAAUUAA